GGCUCGAACCUCUGCAUCAGCUAUUUCUUUCAUAACGUAGCUAUUUUAAGGACUUGCUAAUAUUGAGCUUCCAUUACCUUAUGCAGGAACGAAUCCUCCUAGGUUUGGCGUUUUUGCGGAUUUUAAUUGCGUUGUGGUCGCCCCGAAAAAGCGCAGUUCGUUUCGCGCUGUAGGAGCUUCGCCAGCUCAAGCCAGAAUCCCACCACUGUACCUACCCUUUCCAUUCGCUCUGGUUCGUACUCCCACCACACUGUACCAUGCAUUUUUCCAAAUGAAACAAACCGAAAAUGUUCCUAAAACCACUGUACCACAAUGAAAGGUCAUUGUUGCAGUUGUUCGUACUGGGUAAGCUGGGGUUUUCUGUGUCUAUCUCGUCAUUAAUUGCAAAGAUCAUAUCAUCUUGACUCCGGUGUGUUUCCUUCCAAUGGGCGACGAAUCCUGGCCUGAUUUUAGGGUUGCGCUUUCAAGGCAAGGAAGGUAACGAGCAUCGGUCGGUUCAGGUCAGACCGGCGCGGAGUGCUUCGGGCGACAGCGGCGCGAAGAUUGUGGCGGAUAUUUUGGCGGAGAAGGAGAGUGCGGGUUAUGGCCGGGAAAGAAGAGAGCGGAGCGAGAUCCGCGGAAGGUAACGAGGGACGGAGGCGGCGCGGUCGCGGGGAGAAGGACAGGGAGCGAGAUAGGGAGAGAGAGAGGGAGAAGGAGAGGGAGAAGGAGAGGGAGAAGGAGAAGGAGAAGGAGAAGGAGAAGGAGAAGGAGAAGGAGAAGGAGAGGGAGAAAGGGCGCGAUCGGGAACGUGAGAGGGAAAAGGACAGAGAUCGAGAAAGGGAUCGCGAUCGGGGCCGAGAGAGGGAUCGCGAUCGGGAUCGGGAUCGAGAUAGGGAUAGGGAUCAGGAGAAAGAGAGGGAGAAGGAGCGGGGGGGAAGAGACAUUGAGAGCGAUUGGGGCGAGCAGGAUGUGGAGGGGAAGGAGAAAGGGAGGGAGAGAGAGCAGGAGCGCGAGCACGGGAGGGAGCGACGGCGAGAGAGGGAUACUAGAGACGGCAGGGAUGGGAGGGAUGGGAGGGAUGGGAGGGAUGGGAAGGAUGGGAGGGAUGGGAAGGAUGGGAGGGAUGGGAAGGAUGGGAGGGAUGGGAAGGUUGGGAGGGAUGGAGGGGAGCAUGGGAGAGAGGUGGAUAGGGAUAGGGAGGUGGAAGGAAGCACGGAGGGGGAGCAGGUGAAGGAAGGGAGGAGGGAGAGCGCGAGGGAAAGGGGCCGAGAGCGCGAGAAAGGCAGUGGAGGCGAGGAGAGGGAGAAGGAGAAGGAGAAGGAGAAGGAGAAGGAGAGGGAGAAGGAGAAGGAGAGGGAGCAGAAGCGGCGGGAGAGGAGAGGGAGGGAGAGGGUGAAGGCGGAGAGUGAGGAUGAGAAGGAGAAAGGGUGGGAGAGGGAAGGGCAGGAGAAAGGGAGAAGGAGGAAGGAGGAGAGUGGGAGAGGGGAGAAGCAAGAGAAGGAGAAGGUAGAGGAGAGGCGAGGAGGGGGGGGAGGAGGGGGAGGAGGAGGAGGAGGAGGAGGAGGAGGAGGAGGAGGAGGAGGAGGAGGAGGAGGAGGAGGAGGAGGAGGAGGAGGAGGAGGAGCAGGUGGCCCACCAUACGACAAGGACGAGAAAGUUCUGGCGUUCCAUGGGAAAUUGCUGUAUGAGGCUAAGGUGCUGAAGCUGGAGAAGGACGAGGCUGGCGACUGGUCCUUCUUCAUCCACUACACUGGAUGGAAGAAGAGCUGGGACGAGUGGGUGGGCACGGUGCGGCUGCUGAAGGACACGGAGGAGAACCAGCGCCGCAAGCAACAGCUGAAGCAGGAGGCGCAGGGGGGCGGCGCCAGGAAGGAGAGGACGCCUGCCAAGCCCAAGGUCACCUCGCCAGACGUACAUGGGUCAGGAGGCAAGGGCCGCAAGAGAAAGGCACCAGAUACCACCCCUGGUUCCACUAGCCGCCGAACCGGCGCCUCUCCUGCUGCUGCUGCCGCCGCUGCUGCCAGCCCUCCUGCUGCUUCUAGUCGCGGUGCUGCUGGUGGUGGUGGGUUGGGGAGUAGUGGGGGAGGGAGACGAAAGAGAAGGGCAGCAGGGCGAGUAGAAGGGGAGGGGGAGGAGGGGGAAGGAAGGGAUGAGGAGGAGGACGACGAGGAGGAGGACGAGGAGGACGAGGAGGAAGAGGAGGAGGAAGAGGAGGGAGAGAGUGGGGGCCGAAGCAGUAGGAGCAGUGACGAGGAGGAGGAAGAGGAAGAGGAAGAGGAGGAAGUGGAAGAAGAGGAGGAAGAGGAGGAGGAGGGACGAGUGGGGGGAAGCGGUGGGGCGCAGAAGGGCGGUGGUGGUGGCGGUGGUGGAGGAGGGGUGUGCGACGUGGAUCUGGCGCUGUUCAUCCCGAACGCGCUCAAGAAGCAGCUGCUGGAGGAUGAGGACCUGGUGGUGCGCCAGAGGAAGCUGGUGCCGCUACCGUGCAAGCCCUCGGUGGCUGAGCUCCUGGCGGACUUCAUCAGCUCCAAGCGCACCAAGCGGCGUGUGAAGGGCAUGGCGGAGGUGGUGAACGGCAUCCGGUGCUACUUUGACCGCUCGCUGCCGCUCAUGCUGCUGUACAAGGAGGAGAGGGAGCAGUUCCAGUGCGUCUUCGCCCGCAUGUCCGCUGCUGCUGGUUCUGGCGGUGCUGCUGGUGGGGCUGGUGGAACUGGUGGUGGUGGUGGCGCAGCAGCAGGAGGGGGCAGAGGAGGUGGUAGUGGUGAUGGUGGUGGGGGGGGUGGUGGAGGAGGAGAGGGGACAAGGGGGGGAGCUGGAGCGGGAGGGGGAGGGGGAGGGGAAGGGGCGAGAGGAGAGGGGGGUGGAGUGUCAGAGUCUACUGCUGCGCCUUCGACAGUGCGGCCGUCAGACAUAUACGGGGCAGAGCACCUGCUCCGGCUAUUCACCAAGCUCCCUGCCAUGCUGGCCACGGUGUAUUUCGAGCAGGAGGCGCUGCACCAGCUGUUCCAAAACUUCAACAUCAUUCUCAAGUACCUCCAGAGGAACAGGGCAACCAUUUUUGCAUCCACUUACGUGGAUGCAGCAACGGCGCUUCAGGCUCCCUCAGAAAACCCACAAUGAUAGUCGUGGACUUCCAAAGACUUCGUAGCUUCUGCCUUCUUCCUGUUAGUGGAGCACCAAAAUGGAGGGUUUUGAUUGACGUGGUUGCACUGCACAUGUAAUCGCAGGCUGGUUUCAAUGAAUCCAGUGUACGGUAAAUAAUAGUAAACCUAUUAUACAUGCAAGGGCGUUCGCUGGCUUCGAAUUCAGAAUUGCUUGCAGCUCAGUUACCCCCACCUGGGUGUAAUAGGUACCUGCUGUGAGGGACACU